AAAACAAGCGUAGCCAGCGCGUCAGACGCGUUGUUUUUGAAAAAAAUCAAAAUUGACGCUGUGAUUCCGGUUGCAUGUUGGUUUUGUGCUACGGGUUAUUUCAAAAGAAAAAUCAAAUUUGAAAUGGAUUUCGAAAGUACGUGUGCUUUGAUUAACAAGGUGAAGCAGCAUGAGUGUUUGUGGGCGAAGACUAAUAAACAUUACCGAAAUGUGCUGAUGAAGGAGAAAAUUUGGCUGCAAAUUGCUACUGAUUUGAUGCAAACCGGUAAGUACUGAAAUCCCUAAGAAAAAAAAAAAGUUUUGGAUGGAAACUCCCAUUCGUAUAUUUAACACGUUCCUUACUUAUGUGUAGCCUAUGCAUCAUAAUCAUCUCAUUUUGUUCAUUACAGUCGAUUCCGUCAAAAGCCGCUGGAAGAGCUUGCGAGAUAAGUUUGUUCGCGAACAGAAUGAACUAUCGCAAAUAACAACAUCCGGAUCAGCUGCUCCCGAAAAGGCAAAGUGGAAGUUUUUCGACGAACUACUUUUUCUGAAAGGGCAUUGCCAAAGAAGACCGACAGCUUCAAACUACCGGAACACAGAAUCAUCGCAGCUUGCGGAAAAGGAGGCAGACAAUUAUGCAACAAAUGAUCCCUUCAUCCCGGAAAUGGCUCCCGUCAACGAUGAGAAUUUUGAUGAACCAGAACAAUUAGAUACACCGACUACGCGAAAGAGGGUUAAAAUGGAUAGCAGGUUCAACGAAAUGCUGGACAAAGUCGAAUCCCUGUGUUCUUCAGGACCUGCCGCUCCAUCCAGGCAUGAAUCAUUUGCCAAAUACCUCUGUGACCGGUUGGAAAUAUUUCCGCUUCCGGUUGCACGGUCUCUUGAAAUUGAAAUCCUAUCGCGUGUUCAUAAUGUAAUUGAUGAAUUUGAGGAGAUGGAGAUAAUUGAUAACCCGAAGCUCUAAAGCGUCAAAUUUAUAACCAAUGGGUAUUCGAACAAUUCGUAAUUGUCUCUAUUGACUGAAUGAUGUUCAAUAUAUGAAAACUCCAUACAUUA